GAGACCCAGGGACUCAGACAGACUGGUGUCAAAAUGGCGGGAGCUUGGCGGCGUGCGGUCCCUUAAAAAAACCCCACAGAACCCCACAUAGGACCCUGGCACUAAGAUACCCGGUGCAGGAGGGGAGAGAAGGAUACUAGGAACAAGAUGGCGGGUCAGUUCACGAGCGAGAUCCUCAAGAUAUGCGUGGGUCAGAUUUGCCAGAGCAUCGGGUACCAGGGAGUUUUCAGCACGCCCCUGGAGGUGUUGACUGACUUGCUGCACCGCUACCUCACUGAGCUCUGCCGCCUCACGCACAGAUACACGGAGCACUUUGGCCGCACAGAGCCGUCCCUGGAUGACCUCGGCCUGGCUUUCAUGGACAUGGGGAUCUCUGUGCCCGAACUGGAGGACUAUUUCAGCAACGUGGACUGCCCCCCCUUCCCCCAUCCCCUUCCUGCCCUUCCUGUGACUCGUCCCUCCAACCUCAACUUUCUCAAGCCCGGUGCCAGGGAGAUCCUGUCGCGCCCUAUACAUAUUCACGAGCACCUACCCCCGAUGUACCCAGAGAAGGAAGAGGAGGAGGUGGAUGUGAAGGUGAAUGCUGGCCUGGAAGACGGGGGAAUGGGGGAUGCUACCUCCCCAACCCUGUCCCCCCAGCCAGCACUCAAGAGGCCGGCUGACUCAGAAGUGUCCCCUGCCAAGAAGCCAAAGUUCUCUCUGGAUGAUGAGGGUCAGCCAGUGAGGGAGAUCGUCAGUGUUAUGAUGACCACAUCCGGCUUCAUUUCAUCUGCCCGGGAGGGGAAGCUGCCCGAGGCGUGCUGUCCUGACAUCCCCAUGGCCGCCCCGCGCAGCACCUCCCCCUCCACUGUGGGCAAGAAGAAACUGACCGUGGAGAAGCUGAUCCGCCAGAAGAACAGUCAGGUGGGGUUGGGCGGGGCGCGGAGCUGUCUAGCACGGCCGCCCCGCCCCAACAAGGUGAAGGGGAACAAGGACAGGGUCAUUGGGAAGGGCCUCAAGAUUCCCAAACUGCCAUCACGCCCCCUGUCGCUCCCCAAGGGGGCUCCUCCAGGGUCCUCCCCCUUGCCGCCUAAGCUCAAGAUGCCCCUGCUCAAGCCUGCCGCCCCUAAGCCCCCCAAGAUACCAUCACCCAAGCCAUCCGCGCCCCCCAAGUCAGCCUCCACUCCCAAGGUCCUGCCACCCAAGACCAGCCAGUCCCCGCACCCACAGACCCCCAAGUCAGCGUCCCCCAAGAUCAAGGUUCCCAAGCCGCCCCGGACCCCCAAGGCGGAGGGGAAGGCGAAGGGGAAGCCACGGGACGGGGAAAAGGAGGGGGAGGGUGCGGGCAGUGGGAAGAAGGUGAAGAAGGAGAAGGAGGGGAGCAAGAAGGAAGGGAAGAAGGAGAGCAAGAAGGACAAGGAUGGGGUGAAGCGCAGCAAGGAGGCACGGCGCGACAAGGAGGGCCGCAAGGAGGGCACCAAGGAGACCAAGAAGGAGAAGGAGAUGAAGAAAGAAAGGGACCGGGAGAGGGAGAGGGAGCUCAUCAUUGCCCUGGCCUCCUCCUCCGCCGUCACUGUCACCUCCAUCCCUGCCCCCACCAAGGCCCCCGACUCCCUGCUGCCCCCCGGCCCAGAGAAGGCUGAGGGCAAGUCCAAGCUCAGCAUCUUCAAGAAGAUCAAGAACAAGGACGCUCGGGAGGACCGCGAGGCCCCCGGCCCCGGCCCCGGCCCUAACCUGCCCCCUGCCCCAGCCCAGCCCUCCAGGGACAGCUCCCCUGACCUCAUGAUUGAUGAGACACCUGGACGGGGCCAGCGCCGCCCCCCUGAGGAGCCGCCCCCUGAGGCCCCACCCCCACCACCACCACCCCCAGAGGAGGUGCCACGGUCCCCGGCUGACUACCCUCCCUACCAGGAGGACCUGUCGCCCCCCACCACGCCCUCCACACCCCGCACCCCAGAGGUGCCCUCCCACCUGCCGCCCCACCGGUCCCCAGAGAAGCGGCGGGGCCGGGACAAGGGGCGGGAGAAGCGGCCCCGCAAGGACCGGUCCAAGUCCCCCAAGGGCGGCCCCUUCAGCCCUGGUCCCCGGGACGUGGGGGAGCCAGACCCCCCAGAGCGCCCCAAGACCCCCGAAGUGGGGCUACCCAUGGAGGACAUGGGGGUGCCCCCUGGUGCCCCAUUCCUGCCUGCCUUCCCCACUGCCCCGGGCUUCAUUCCCCCCUUCUCCAGAUUCCCCUUCCUGCCCCCAUUUGGUGGGCCUCCCCCCCGGCCUGGCAUGGUGCCGCCACUGCCUGACCUGCGCCUGCCGCCCCACCACCCCUUCAUGCCACGGCCGCCCCUCAAGCGCCCGCUGGAGGAAGACCGCCUCAGCAAUGUGGAGGACGGCGACCACCUGGAGCGUCCCCCCACACCCCGCCACCCCCGAGAAGGCAGCCCUCUCAUGAUACGAGGCCACGGCUCCCCCAUGCGCUCCCCAUCCCCCUCCACACCCCCCCGUCCCCGCACCCCUGCCCACCACUCCCCACCACCCCAGGCCCCGCCUCGCCCCCACCCGCGCCCCGACAAGCCGGAGAAGACUGAGAAAGAGAAGAAAAAGGAGCAUAAGAAGGAGAAGAAAGAGAAGGAGAAGGAGAAGGAGAAAGUGAAGAAGAAGAAGGACAAGAAGGACAAGGAAAAGGAGAAGGACAAAUCCGAUAAGAGGAAGGAGAAGGAGAAACUUAAGCAGGAAAAGAAGGAGAAGAAGGUGAAGAGGGAGAAGGAGGAGGGUGGGGAGGGGCCCAAGAUAACCAUGAAGUUGCCGAGCCCUACCACCAGUGAUGCCCCCCCACCCACCACCCCCAAGCUUCACACACCCUCUGCUGGUAUAGGAAUAAUACCAGCAGUGGGAGGCAGUCAGUAUAUGAACGUCAAGGUCAUCAAGCCGGUGGUGAAGCACGAUGAGCCACCACCUCCGCCACCACCCAGCACGCAGGACGACCAGCCAGGUUCCCCAGAGAUAGCCAAGAUCUCAGCACUCAUCACCCGGCCCCCGCGCAGCCAACAGAAGCGAGCCGAGAGUCCCCCGGCGCUCCCUGUCCUCAAGAUCAAGGACGUGCCCAACCCGGUGACCAAGCACAAGGAGGUGAAGGACUCAGGUCACACGCCGGCCAAGGUGAAGGAAGUGCCACCUCUCAAGAUCAAGAACCCCACCACCGCGUCCAGCAAGGCGUCCUCCAAGGUUGCCUCGACCGCCCCCAAGCAGUCCGUGGCCAAGCUCCCCACCUCGCCUAAAGCCAGCACGUGCCCCAAACCACCGCCACCGCCACCCACGCCCAAGGCCAUCGACGACAAGAAGAUCCCAGGAAUCAAAAAGCCACGAGAGAAGAAGGAGAAGAAGGAGAAGAAGAAGGACGUGCCCUCGUCAUCCUCCAACCCCCUUGUGGGCAGCAUUAGCAAGCCAGGGAUGGCGGCGUCAGUGACAGGGGAGCCCUCUUACCCUGCCCACUCCCCCAUGCCCCUCGUCUCCCCGCCCCUGGACACUCCAAAGCCAAGCAAGAAGCAGGAGCAGAAGGGCACAGGACUCCUAACUGAGACCGUGGGACCCAUCGGACACUUUGUGGAUGACCAGGGGAAUGAGGUGUGGAUUUGCCCGACGUGUGGCAAGCAGGACGAUGGCUCCCCGAUGAUUGGCUGCGACACCUGCGACGAUUGGUACCACUGGGUGUGUGUGGGCAUCCAGGUUCCUCCCAACGACGACGUCAACUGGUACUGCCCCCGGUGCCUCUCCCAGCACAAGCAGCGCGGUGCUCCUCCUGAGAAGAAGAAGCGAGGACGUAAAAAGAAGUGAUAGAGCCGGCGGGGCAGGGCGGUGGAGGCCCCUGGUGCUGCAGGAGGGACCACUGUGCUUGGGACGUCGCCUCUUGAGUGGUGUUGUGGGGAGCUCUCUGUCUCUUCUCGGCUUGGUGGUUUACUCUCACUCUUGUGUCUUUAUCAGAAACGAGUGGUGAAUUUCUGCCAGGUUUUUGAGGAGAGAACUGAGUAAAUGCCCCACACAGUCUCAUAAAUGGUGCAUAUUUUUCUGCACGCUGAAAUCGCUCAGAUAUUCGAGGACGUUCGCCUUGACAAACUCAGUCCAUAUUGGUCUACCUAAGCUUGGCCGGCCGGGGCUGUGGCGGCCUGCUGCUCUUCAAGAUCUUUUUAAUAAAUGCUGUUUUGUUUUGGUGCUGCUGCAACGCUACACCGAGACACCUGCUGCUGCAUUGUGUCCUGCAGAGGAAGGGAACCUGAGUGAAUCUUGUGGCCAUACAGUUUUGUUUGAUGUGCAAGAUGGGAUUUUUCAAAAGGGUCUGGCUUGAGUUCCUGCAGUGUGGGCUUUGAAUUAACAUCCUUGGAGGGAAGCUGGGAAGGAAUAACUUCUUAAGGCUGGAAGACAAACAAAUCAAUAUCUUCAGAAAACUGGAACUAAAGAAGACAAGGGUAGAAAAAAACAGCAUUUGUUAGCAACCCAGAGUCAAAUGCUCAGUAAGGACAGGCUCUGAGAACAGGUCAGUGUGAUGAAGGGAAGAACAGUGGUGAGUGAAGCAACAACUAUGAGGAGAUGCUGGAGAUAAGCAAGGAGUUUAGGGUGAGGGAAGUGAGACACUGAAACUGAACUUGUUGCAACUUGAUGGCAAGAAGUCUGGAAGGAGACAGUAGAUAUGAGAACACCUGACUCGUGAAAUAAGACAGGAGACAUGAUUAGAAAGUAACCAUUACAACCAUCAACAAGGCAGCUUUCCUUGACUACUGAGAUACCACUGAAGUUCAAACUGAAGACAAAAAAAAAAAUAGAAAACAAUGGAAUGAAAAUAGACAUAAAAACUUGACUAUUUUAAGCAGGAGUGGUGAAGGAGACACGACGAAAGGCAGAGAGACGCCCUGGAAAUCAAGCGCAGAGGAUGAGCCAAAGAGGAGUGUUUUAUUGAAGAGGAAUGUGUGAUGAGCAGAGCGAGGAGUAGCUGGCCGGGCAUUGUUAGGUCUGGCCAGUUGUCUCACUGCGUGGUUGUUGUUUGGUUGGUUUUUGUCAUCGUUGCUGUGUUGCUGUAGAUAUUUGUAUUUGGAAUGGGAGGUAAAUAUAUAUAUGUCAAAGGUUCA